ACUUAAGUUUUCUUACACGAAUAUGCUACUGAAUCCUCAAUGAAGAAAUUACUCGAUACAAAUAUGGAAAUCAUUAACCUAUGCACGAAAAUAUUGAACAUUGUGACUACUGACAGAAAAUCUCGACAGCAAACCUACCCUCCAGCAAAUGGGGACUUAACACUGCAGUUUCCGAUCGAGAAUGAAGACCAGUUAGAGAUGCUGGAAGCAUCUUUAAGAGACGACAAGUACAAACAGCAAUAUGUGAGUUGACGCAUUUAAUUCUUAUUUUUUGUAGACUGCUAAGAUGGCUAGCUGCCUUCAGAGUGAUCCAAAGUUAUCACUUAAGGUCAUGAUGCACCAUGUUAUAAAACCUGAAUUGGGUUUGCAGUUUACAUUCCAGGGGACUUUGACAAAGUCAAGCAUUGUGCCUUAUGCCUUUUAUAAAAUAAUGAGAACUUUAAUUAUGUCGCACUUCUCCGGCCAACUAAUGACGACAAGAGAGAUUGGUGAAAUGAUGGAUAGGGCCACGAAAUCGUAUUUUCAUAAUUUGAAAGAUCGUGUCCAGAGGCGUAAGCGGAAGCAAGGAAUUCAGGUAAAUGAAAAAGAUACCGGGCGAUUUAACAGUGGCAAUUAUGUAAAUAAACUUCUAUAAAUGUAAAUGCUCAGAAUGUGCUGAGCACAAUUUUUCACCCAAUAAUAUUUUAUUCUGCUUAUUUGCAGGAUGCUGCCAGUGGAUAGCACUUGAAGGGAUUGCAGUGAUGUUGUACUAGAGUAUAUAAAUACAAAUCUGU